AUGGGCUCUGAAAUGGAGGCAGCCCCUGUGCUGUCAACCCCGGAUGAUCGAAUCCUGGAGGAAGCCCAGCCUAUCGCCCCCGUCGAUCCCACAAAGCGCAUCUCCGACAACGAACUCUCCAUCACCUAUGACGUCGAGCGCACUCUCAAGGAGAUCCGCCAGGCGCGUUAUAAGCGCAUCGCCCUUCAAUUCCCCGAUGAUAUGCUCCCAGAUGCCCCGCGGGUCUUCCAACUGCUUAGCCGGGGUCUGAAUUCGGAGGAAGCCGUCGCGAAUGGCACCACUUCUGCUGGUCAGACAAACGGUGGCGCCACAGUGGUGGAGGACACUGGUAGCAUCACUCAGGGAGUGUCUCAGCUUGCGGUAGAGGGGCAGGGGCAGGUUGAAAAAGGGUCACCCCGGUUGUAUAUUCUGGCCGAUACCUCAUACGGAACCUGCUGUGUGGACGAAGUGGCUGCCGAACAUGUGGAUGCAGAUGUCGUGGUACACUAUGGGAGAUCUUGCCUGUCACCCACGGCCAGACUGCCGGUAAUCUACGUCUUCACCUGCAAGCCGCUUUCCAUCGAUCCCGUGGUUCAAGCCUUCAAAGAAACCUAUCCCGAUACAACGACUAGACUGAUUCUAGCUGCCGAUGUUACCUACACCCACCAUAUUCCGGCGCUGUAUGAGCAUCUGCUGAAGGAGGGUUAUAGCAAUUUGUUUGCUACGGAUAUUGUUCACGAGCCUUCAUCAGCUAUUCCGAAUCGUACCGUCCCAGAUUCUGUACGAGAGGCACCAGAGACACUGUCGGAGUGGCAGCUGUUCCACGUCUCCGACCCACCAACUGCCCUCCUCAUGACUCUUGCGUCGCGUGUCGCUGCCAUCCAUAUCUAUCCCACAGAGACCCAGGACAAUGAAAACGUCAAGCCAUUGCCAGCAUCCACAUCGGCUGCUUUGCGUCGCCGCUAUGCGAUCACGACGCGUCUAACCACCGUCCCGAUUUGGGGCAUCCUGAUCAACACGCUGAGCGUCAAGAAUUACCUACACAUUGUGAAUCACGUCAAAGAACAGAUUGCGGCCGCCGGCAAGAAGAGCUACAUGUUUGUCGUGGGCAAGCUGAAUGCGGCCAAGGUAGCCAACUUCAGUGAAAUCGGUGGGUGGGUGGUUAUUGGCUGCUGGGAGAGCUCGCUGGUGGACAGCAAGGAUUUCUGGAAGCCGGUGAUCACGCCGUUCGAAUUGGAACUGGCUCUGAUGGACGACUCCGAACGGGUGUGGACUGGGGCCUGGCAGAGUGAUUUCCAGGCCAUCCUCGACAAGCCACAGGAGGAGUCGACGGAACGGGAAGAAGCAGCGGAUGGUGCAACCUUGGACGAUGAUGAUAUGUCGGAACCCGAGAGUGCACCGCCGGAGUUUGACCUGCGCACUGGACGAUACGUCUCGCAUUCCCGGCCGAUGCGAGAUCCCGCACCCCACGCUUCUGCUGCUCAGAUCAAUGGAUCGACCGGUCCAUCCGCUGCUAGGGCAUUAGCCCGACGGGCUAAGGGGGACCUAGCGAUGAUCGGCGGGGCGGUUUCGCCCGGUGCGGAAUUCCUACGAUCGCAGCGAACGUGGCAGGGACUGGGCAGUGAUUUCGAUAUUCGAUAUGAUGAGGAAGGGGAAGAGGAUGACAGCACCUUGGUUAAGGAAGGACGCUCGGGUAUUGCUCGGGGGUAUACGGUGGGAGAAGGCGAGAAACACUAG